CUUAGUUUCUAACAAUGAUUUUGCGAUGGAAGAAAAUAUCUUAUUUAUUUACUGGUGUUGGCUCGAUUAGAUUGAGUUUCUGCAGAAAUCUGCACGUUAGGGAUAGUGCAGGCCAUCAUGAUGGAGGUCCAUUGUCUGGUAUUAGAGUCCUAGAUCUUACAAGAGUUUUAGCUGGUCCAUUUGCUUCCAUGCUUCUUACUGAUCUUGGGGCUGAAGUCAUUAAAAUAGAAAAACCUGGAACUGGAGAUGAUACAAGAUCCUGGGGCCCUCCUUUUAUAGGUUCAGAAAGUACAUAUUUUUUGUCAGUGAACAGAAACAAAAAGAGUUUAGCAGUUAACAUCAAAGAUCCAAAAGGAGCACAGUUGAUACAAGAGCUUUCAAGAAAAAGUGAUGUUGUACUUGAAAAUUACCUACCUGGGAAGCUUGAUAAGCUAGGACUUGGUUAUACUACUCUGAGCAAGCACAAUCCCUCUCUUAUUUAUUGCUCAAUAACUGGUUAUGGACCAGGUGGUCCGUAUGACCAGCGACCUGGAUAUGAUGUCAUUGUAUCAGCUAUUGGAGGGCUGAUGAGUAUCACUGGUCCUGAGGAUGGUGAACCAUGUAAAACUGGAGUGGCUUUGACAGAUUUGAUAACAGGUCUCUACGCACAUGGAGCAAUUAUGGCUGCCUUGAUUGACAAACAGAAAACUGGGAAAGGGAAAAAGAUAGAUUGUUCACUUCUGGCAUCUCAGGUUGCUGUUUUGAGUCACGUGGCAACUAGUUUUCUGAAUACAGGUUUCAAGACAGGACGUUAUGGUACUGCACACCAUAGCAUAGUUCCCUACCAGGCGUUCAAGACUUCAGAUGCAGGUCAUGUCUUGAUUGGUGCAGGGAAUGACGGGCUUUUUCAGAAGCUCUGCAAGGUAUUAGAGAUGCCAAGUCUUGCUGAUGAUCCAGAUUAUAAAACUAACGACAAGCGAGUUAAGAAUCGCAAAGAGCUACUGACGAUUCUUUCUGACCGGUUGUCGCAAAAGACGACCAAAGAAUGGCUACAUUUGUUAGAGGACAGCGGUAUUCCCUAUGGCCCUAUCAAUGACGUCRAACAAGUGUUUGAGGAUCCACAGGUCAAGUACAAGAACAUAGUUCAAGAGUUGGAACAUCCUACGAUUGGGCCACUGCAAGUUCCAGGUCCAGCUGUAGAAUACGAUGGAAAAACAUCGCUUGUCCCUGUGCGUUCACCUCCGUUACUCGGACAACACACUAGUGAAGUAUUACGUGACGUACUGGGAUAUGACAACAGUMAAAUCAAGGAGCUUGUUGAUUCUGGUUCCAUAGCAACGCGUGACGAAGCACCAAACGAAUGAAGAAAAAACCUUAAUGUUCCAGGAGCCUAUUAGCCGGAGCAUCAGGGGCGGAUCCAGGAUUUUGUUCAGGGAGGGGUGCUGCGCACAAAGUCAACCCAGGGAGGGGUGCACCCCUUAGAAYCAAAGGGAAAAAACAGUAUUGGUUGUCUUCGAAGUAGGGACACAAAGUGGAACCGGGGAGGGGUGCGCACCCCCURCACCCCUUCCCUGGAUCCGCCCCUGAGCAUACAACUCAAGUAUCUUCCUUACUUARGAGYUAUCGUGAARGCAKUGUGUUUUGUGGUCCCUCGACGGCGGUUUUUCCCUCACAAUGUCUCGGGACCACAGAACACACUGUUUCCCUAGGUCCCAGUCAGUAAGUGUUGAUUGAUACAUUUUCUGGUGCGACACGUGAAAACUGGGUCUAAAAUUCAAAGAUUAAUUGAAAUGACCAGACAAUUAGGUCGUAGUAGAUCUUUUUAAAUUAUUGAAAUGCUUUAAUUCCAACUAAUAACUAUCCCUAUAAAACCUCUGCAUGAUUAUACCCUGAGCCUAUAGAGUAAGGCCAAAAAGGAAUAUGUAUGAUCAGAUUACAUCUGGUACAUCUAGGAUUACAAUUGAAGUUUUUAUAGCUACACUUAAUGAAGUUUUUAGCUUCAUCAAAUAUUUAUUUAUAGUGUCCCCAAUUAGUAGGCUACUUGAGGCCAGCUAAUAGUCCAACACCCAAAUAAAGUUGAUUGAUUGAUUUUGCA